UGUGGACAGCCGCGCUGGAGGGCGACGUGGGCCGCGAAGGCCCCUGCUCCCGGCCAUCGAGGAAGCGCGGCGGGCGGUUGGGCGCGGAGUGUGUGCGGCAGAUCCAUCAUGUCGAAGGUGUCCUUUAAAAUCACACUGACUUCCGACCCGCGGCUACCGUACAAAGUUCUCAGUGUUCCUGAAAGUACGCCUUUCACAGCAGUGCUAAAGUUUGCAGCAGAAGAAUUUAAAGUUCCUGCAGCUACAAGUGCAAUUAUUACUAAUGAUGGAAUAGGAAUAAACCCUGCACAGACUGCUGGAAAUGUUUUUCUGAAGCAUGGCUCAGAGCUGCGAAUCAUUCCUAGAGACCGAGUUGGAAGCUGCUAAUAUAUGCUUCCUGGAAUACACAGCCUUUCAGAAUAAAUACUGAUACUUGCUAUUGCUGUAGGAUUGAAAUCAGGCAUUCACGAUGCAAUGAAACCACCAAGAAUCAACAAAACAGGGAAAGUUGACUCUGGUCCCUUCCUGCUCAUUUUUUUCAUGGGAGGAAAAAAUGCCUUUAAGUGGAGGGAACGAAACCACAGGUCACACAGUGGAUACUGCUGCCUCACCAGAAGAGAAGGGUACAUCUGUGACAGAUGGACUAUGCUUUAAAAACAAACAUCAACAGCAAAACUAGAGGAUGAGUCUGCUAAUUGUCUUCACAGAUAUUUGGAAAAUUAAAAAUCCAGAAUGGAAUGUAUUUUCUAAUUUUAAAAUUUAAAAGGAUAAUGGAUCAUAGAGGCAUUUGGCUUGAUAGCAUCUCACCUGUGGGCACAUAGUUUGAAUUUUAAAGUAUAUAAUUUGUGAUGAAGUUAAUAGGUAUUUCAGUGAACAGUUAAAUUUUAUAUAAAACCAAAAAUUUAAAUUAUGAGAACCAACCAUUAUGUGUAUAAGUUGCUAUUGCAUACCAAAUAGCUUCUAUUUGGUAUGAUCUUGGGAAAUCAAGUGUGUCACGGUGAGAAUUGACAGUACUGUAGAAGCACCCUUAGGUAAAUUACACAUUCAUCGAUAAGUGUCUUCAUAAAGCUUUAAGACAGAAUUCCUUAAACCAUUCUUUUUGAGGAUUCUAUUUUUGAGCAACACCCAGAACUAUUGUUGCAGAGAUGACCUCAAGCUUACAGACCUGCCACUUUGCUAACGGGUGUCCUAAAUGAAGAGGGAACUUUAAGGAAGCUAUUAACAUUAGUCACAAGUGGAAAAGGAACCAGGGAAGCAAAGCUAGGCAGGCUCUUGCCAGAAAAGCAAAGAAAGUGAGAAGCCUGGCAGUGUCGCUGGAGAAGUCCAUGGAGGGGCCUGCGGUAGGGUUGGAGAAGUAUGAGGGAGAAGAGUACUGGACACAGGAUCAGAAGGCAACUACAUACAUGUUUCCAAAGUCCCCCAUAGCAAUCUACAGGAAGAUUUGUAUAAGAAAGGAUUUUGAGGACUCGAACCUGGUGAAGAGGCUCAGCAGGUCAAAGUUUGGCAGACCGAAGUUCAGUUCCCAGAAGGAAGGAGAGAACCAACUCCACAAGGUCUUCCUCUGACCUAGGGACACCCUAAUGUGAGCCAUUCUCCCUCCCACAAUAAAAGAAAAAUUUUAAAUCUUAUUUGCCCUUACAGAGGAAAUCCGUGUCUUGGCACAUAUUGAAGGAUGAAUUAAAUUUUGGCAGUGACUGAGAGCUGAGCAGCUCUGCUUCAUUGAGUGAGCUCUUUGGAGGUGAGGGGUCUGUCUGUCAUGAGCUCCCUAGAGCAGGAGAUGCCACUUCUCAAUAAAUAUUUACUGAACUCAAGAA